AUGACCUUACUUUCAUCAUUUCCGGGAAUCCACGUGAUGACGGAUUGCAAGCUACUAACGGUCAAGGAUUGCUUCGGAAGUGAUGAUUGGAAUUGGAAUAGAAUUCUAGUUGGUGUAAGCGACGUGGCGAACAUUAAUACUGGACCGGGUUCCAACCUAUUUGCACUAAGGGAAAGGGUUGGCAACUAUAGAGUAGUGCAAAGUCCUGACACGAUUGGGUGGAGAUGGAGUAACAACGGAGUAUUCUCGGUCAAAUCGGUGUACAGAGCGUUGAGUGAUGGGGGUACAAGAGAUGGGCACGCUUCCAAGAUCUGGAAGCUCCAAAUUCCCCUCAAGGUUAAAGUAUUUUGUUGGCUGGUCCUUAAGAAGAAGCCUCUUACAGCUGAUAACCUUGUGAAGAAAGGCUAG